AUGAGUUCGAUUUUGUGGUGUGAUUUGCUGCCAAAAGCACUUCAACUGCUGUCACCGUCAGCUUGGAUAGUAGUGCUGGGAGUAGUAGCUUCAACCGUCAUCUUCUACCGUCAUCGGACAGAGAUAGUGAAACACAUAAAUCGCAUUCCUGGACCACCUGCGCUGCCAUUGCUGGGCAACAGUUUGCAAUGGUUGGUUGAUCGAGAUGAAAUGUUUAGUACGAUCCAUGGAGCAAGGAUGCUGUAUGGACGACGCCAAGGAUUUAACCGGGUCUGGGCCGGAUUGAAGCCUUAUGUAUUGAUCUCUAAAGCAACUGCCGCUGAGAAAAUUCUCUCUAGCUCCAAGAACAUCGAGAAAGGCCGUGACUAUGACCUACUGAAACCAUGGAUCGGCACGGGUCUGCUGACGAGCCAUGCUGCUAAAUGGCACCAACGUCGUAAGAUGUUAACGCCAACCUUCCACUUCAAAAUUUUGGCCAACUUCGUCGAGGUGUUUAACAAACAGAGCUUUGUCCUGGUACGACAGCUGGAGAAGCAGCUUAACAACACCGAGGGAUUCGAUUGUACGAUCUACGCCACGCUGACGUCCCUAGACAUUAUCUGCGAAACCGCUAUGGGGUAUCCUAUCCACGCGUUGGAAAAAUCCGAUUCGGAAUACGUGAAGGCUCAUGAGAAGAUAUCCGAAAUCAUCCUAGAGCGCUUGCAGAAAUUUUGGUUGCGUCCAGAUUUUAUUUUCCAAUUUACCAAGGCGCACAGUGAACAUGAGCACUGUUUGAAGAUAUUGCACGACUUUGCCUACAGCAUGAUCAACAAACGGCGGGAAAUGUAUCAGCUGUGCAAAAAACCAACAAAAUCAUCGGAGUCUGGAUCCUGCGUGGAGACCGGCAACGUGGAAACAACUGGCCAACGAAAACAGCUCGCUUUCUUGGAUCUCUUGCUGGAGCUUUCGGAAGAUGGUCAGACACUGUCCGAUGCAGACAUUCGCGAAGAGGUGGAUACGUUUAUUUUAGGCGGACAUGAUACGACUGCCACCGCGCUGGCAUGGAUGCUUUAUCUGCUGGGUACAGAGCCAACUGUACAGGAGCGUGUCUUCCAGGAGAUAGACGGCAUCAUGGGUGGCGAUAGAGACCGGCAUCCAACGAUGGCGGAGCUCGGAGAGAUGCGUUAUUUGGAGUGCUGCUUAAAAGAGAGCCUACGGCUAUUUCCAAGCAUCCCGAUGCUGUCACGUACACUCGCAACAAGCGUGGAUAUCGAAGAAUUUCACAUUCCGAGUGGAACGAAUGCCGUGAUCAUGCUCUAUCAAUUACAUCGCGAUCCACAGUAUUUUCCAAAUCCGGAGAAAUUUAACCCAGAUCGCUUCUUGCCCGAAAACAGUUCCAAUCGUCAUCCAUACUCCUACAUUCCCUUUAGUGCGGGUCCACGAAACUGCAUUGGGCAGAAGUUUGGUGCACUAGAAGAGAAGGCAGUGAUAUCGGCGGUGGUGAGAAACUAUAGAAUCGAAGCGGUACAACGGCGCGAGGAUCUGAUACUGUACGGGGACUUAGUAUUGCGCACCAAGGGAGGCCUGAAGAUACGAAUCCAGAGAAGAGUCUAG